UCUUCGGGUUUUUGGCUGCUGAGAUUUUCGCUGUAGAGCGGCGGGGCUGAUUCACGCGCACCGGGGCUCUGAAAUGCGCUCGGGACUCUGCAGCCGUGCCCACUGCGACACUUUAAACGGCAUGGGUGCGCACACGAGGCGCUACCGUCCACACUGCAGACUCACCUUUUUAUGAACGGAGGAGCUGCUCGCUUUUCUUCAGUCAGUCAGUCUGUCUGUCUGCAUGCAUGGCAAGGAGGACUAGGAGGAGCCCCCAGUGUGUAGCAGCAGCAGCAGCAGCAGAGCAGUAGUAGCCUAGAGAGAGGGACUAUAUCCUAUAGACAGGGCUGGUAAAGCAGGUGUGUGCAUGUGUGUAUGAGUGUGUGUGUUUGUAAUGUCUUAGAAGUGGUUCUAGUAUUAGAGCUCUGGCUGGGUUGGUGGUGGUCUCUUUCUUGGGUUGAAGAAAGAUAGAAUUAGAGAGAGCAGUGCUCUGUGUGACAGCAGCAGGAACAUUUCCUCCUUUUUCAGAACUAUAGUGAAAUAAAACAAGAAAAGAAGAAAGAGAGAAAUAAAAACAAACAAACAAACAAAAAACAACAGCAGCAGAAACAGGGCGCUGCUUGCUGUGGCCACAGGAGCUCUCUGUGGAGGGUCGACACCUCACUGGAUUUCUACGUUUCCACGUUUCCACGUUUGUGAGUUAAACGAUAGUGUUACCUCAGGGAAAAAAAUGUCGUCUCAAACGAAAUACAAGAAGGACAAGGAGAUAAUUGGAGAGUAUGAAACGCAAGUCAAAGAGAUCCGUAAUCAGCUGGUGGAGCAGUUUAAGUGUCUGGAGCAGCAGUCGGAGUCUCGGAUCCAGCUGCUGCAGGACCUGCAGGAGUUUUUCCGCCGCAAGGCUGAGAUUCAGCUGGAGUAUUCCCGGAGCCUGGAGAAACUGGCUGAGAGAUUCUCUUCCAAAAUCCGCUCCUCCAGGGAACACCAGCAGUUCAAGAAAGAUCAGCACCUGCUCUCCUCAGUGAACUGCUGGUACCUGGUUCUGAAUCAGACUCGCAGAGAGAGCAGAGAUCACGCCGCGCUGAACGACAUUUACAUCAACAACGUUAUCGUCCGCCUCGCUCAGAUCAGCGACGAUGUCAUCCGGCUCUUCAAAAAGAGUAAAGAAAUUGGCAUUCAGAUGCACGAGGAAUUGGUGAAAGUGACGAACGAGCUGUACACUGUGAUGAAGACGUAUCACAUGUAUCACACAGAAAGCAUCAGCGCUGAGAGCAAGCUGAAGGAUGCUGAGAAACAGGAGGAGAAGCAGUUCAGCAAGUCUGGAGAUCUGAACGUCAACCUGCUGCGGCAUGAAGAGCGAGCCCAGCGGCGCAGCUCCGUCCGAAAGAUCGAGAAGAUGAAGGAGAAGAGACAAGCCAAGUAUUCGGAAAACAAGCUGAAAUGCACAAAAGCGCGCAACGACUAUUUAUUGAACCUGGCAGCCACCAACGCUGUGGUGGCAAAGUACUACAUCCACGACGUCUCGGAUAUGAUUGAUUGCUGUGACCUUGGCUACCAUGCUAGCCUAGCCCGCACCUUCAGGACCUAUCUCUCAGCUGAGUAUAAUCUGGAAACUUCUCGCCAUGAGGGUCUGGACCUCAUCGAGAACGCAGUGGACAACCUGGACUCCCGUAGUGACAAGCACAAGAUCAUGGACAUGUACAACCAGGUGUUCUGCCCGCCCAUGCGCUUCGAGUACCUUCCGCAUAUGGGAGACGAGGUUUGUCAGGUGAGUGCACAGCAGCCAGUUCAGACGGAGCUCCUGAUGCGCUACCAUCAGCUACAGUCUCGCCUGGCCACCCUGAAAAUCGAGAAUGAAGAGGUGCGCAAGACCUUGGAUGCCACCAUGCAGACGCUGCAGGACAUGCUGACGGUGGAGGACUUUGACGUGUCUGAUGCUUUCCAGCACAGCAGAUCUACAGAGUCUAUUAAAUCUGUGGCCUCUGAGGGUUACAUGAGCAAGCUGAACAUUGCCAAGCGACGGGCCAACCAACAAGAGACUGAGGUCUUCUACUUCACUAAAUUCAAAGAGUACCUGAACGGCAGCAACCUCAUCGUUAAACUGCAGGCCAAGCACGACCUGCUGAAGCAGACGCUGGGAGAAGGAGAAAGAGCCGAGUGUGGGACCACGAGACCCCCCACUCUUCCCCCAAAGCCACAGAAAUUGCGGAAGCCCAGGCCGCGCUCCGUCUAUAAUCAUAAGCUGUUUAAUGGAAAUAUGGAGUCCUUCAUACAGGAUUCAGGUCAGCCCAUUCCUCUGGUGGUGGAGAGCUGCAUUCGAUACAUCAACCUUUACGGCCUCCAGCAGCAGGGCAUAUUUCGAGUUCCCGGAUCUCAGGUGGAAGUCAACGACAUUAAAAAUUCAUUCGAGAGAGGCGAAGACCCACUGAUUGACGAUCAGAGUGAUCAUGACAUAAACUCGGUGGCAGGCGUUCUGAAGCUGUACUUCAGAGGGCUGGAGAAUCCUCUUUUCCCUAAGGAGCGCUUCCUGGACUUCAUCUCCACCAUCAAGCUGGAAUCGUCUGCUGAAAGAGUUCAUCACAUUCAGCAGAUGAUUGUCACUCUGCCGCGGACCAUCAUCAUCGUCAUGAGAUACCUGUUUGCGUUCCUCAACCACCUGUCCCAGUACAGUGAUGAAAACAUGAUGGACCCCUACAACCUGGCCAUCUGUUUUGGCCCGACUCUGAUGCCCAUCCCUGACGGUCAGGACCCUGUGGCGUGCCAGGCCCACGUCAAUGAGGUCAUCAAGACCAUCAUCAUCCACAACGAGGCCAUCUUCCCCAGCCACCGUGAGCUGGAGGGCCCUGUCUACGAGAAGUGCAUGACUGGGGGAGAGGAGUACUGUGACAGCCCCCACAGUGAACCAGGCACCAUUGAUGAGGCUGACAACGGAACUGAGCCGCACACUAGCGAUGACGAGGUGGAGCAGAUUGAAGCCAUUGCUAAGUUUGAUUAUGUUGGACGGACUCCGCGGGAGUUGUCCUUUAAGAAGGGAGCCUCUCUGCUGCUGUACCACCGGGCGUCUGAAGACUGGUGGGAGGGGAGACACAACGGGGUGGACGGCCUCAUACCUCACCAGUACAUUGUAGUGCAGGACCUGGACGACGCCUUUUCUGACAGUCUGAGUCAGAAGGCGGACAGUGAAGCGAGUAGUGGACCUCUGCUGGAUGAUAAGGCCUCGUCCAAAAACGACCUCCAUUCUCCAUGUGAGCAGUCACCUGAUUAUAACUUCAGCGGGGUGAUGGGCAGGGUGAGGUUGCGUUCGGACGGAGCUGCCAUCCCGCGCAGAAGGAGUGGCACAGAGAGCCAGAGCCCCACCCGGGGCACGGACACGCCCCCUCGAGCUGCCGCCUGCCCCAGCAGCCCACACAAAGUAGCAGUGAGCAGGGGCCGAGUGGAGAGUCCUGAGAAGAGAAGACUGGGUACAUUCGGUAGUGCUGGCAGCAUUAACUACCCUGAGAGAAAGGCCUACCCUGAGGGCCACCCGCUGAGGCCCGGCUCAGGGGCCACACGCCACAGCAGCCUUGGAGACCACAAGAGCCUGGAGGCUGAGGCCUUAGCUGAGGACAUAGAGAAGACUAUGACCACUGCUCUCCAUGAGCUGCGGGAACUGGAACGACAGAAUACAGCCAAGCAGGCUCCGGAUGUAGUGCUGGACACUCUGGAACCUAUGAAGAACCCAGUGAGCUCUGAGCCAGCCAGUCCUUUACACACCAUCAUGAUCCGGGACCCGGAUGCGGCUCUGCGGCGCGGGAGCAGCUCCUCCUCAGAGAUGAUGACCACCUUCAAACCGGCCCUGUCCGCCAGGCUGGCUGGAGCUCAGCUCAGACCUCCGCCCAUGAGGCCUGUGCGACCACCGCCGACCCAGCACCGCUCCAGCAGCUCCAGUUCCUCUGGGAUGGGCAGCCCUGCAGUCACCCCCACCGAGAAAGGCUUUCCCAACAGCUCGGCUGCAACAUCCUCCUCAAGCACAGGGGAUAAACAGGGAGGCAGCAUGUAGCCCCUCCAGGGGGCGGGGUCACAGCUUGAUGUAAAGCAUAGCAUCUCCCAUCACGGUUGAGAUUACAUCAAGCUUAUAAAGACCAAAAUAAGCAAAAAUGAGAAAAAAUCAGAUUAUUCGUUUUUUUUUUUUUUUUUCUAGCUUUAGAUUUUUCAAAUUCUGAAUCAGCCUCAGAACACUGUACAAGUGAGCCCAGGUUACUAUGGCAACAAGGCGAGGCGUGUGAAGUACAUCAGCUCCAUCCGCUCUGUGAAGCAUGAUGAAAGGAGAGGUGGAAGGGAGAGUGGUGAAACAUUGUGAAAAAUUGUGAAAAAUGAAAAAAAGUAUAACACAUAUUCAGCAGCCUCUAGCGUGUACGUGUAUAUAAAUAUGCAUACGGUACAUGAGCUCUUUUUUAUUUUUUUCUUCUUCUUCGUUUUUUUUUUUUUCUAAAUCUCAGACACUAUAAAAGUGACCCUCUUCGGCCAGUCUCUUGCUUUCAACGUUUCAAACUGUAGGUAGAGCAAUACUAAAUGAGUUUAGCAAUUGUUUCUCUCUGCACUGGUAUCAGCCAGAGUUGUGCUGUAUGUCCUCGAGGGGGCGGGGCUACACGCUAGCCCCUCCCACUCCCACCACCUCACUAGACUGUUCGUUUGAAGCAGACUGAUGCUUAAAGCAAAGACUGCCCAACAUGGCAACCUUUGCGCUGUUGUAAAUAGAGAUAUACUGUACUUGAACUUGUAAUGCCUUUUGUUUUGUAGUAUAUAAGGGAUGUUCAGCAGCAUAACACCAUAGCCAAGUUGUAAACAUAUAUGAGAUGCAGAAACUGAAGAAAAAAAAAAAGAACAGUAUACAUUACGAACUAAUUGUAAGAAACCUGUGGUAAAAAUGUAGUUUAACUUGUACAUACUUUUUAGUUAUGUUCUUUUUUUUUAAGUGUUAAACAUGUACAUUUGUGGACAGAACAGGCAAGAAUGGCAUUUAUUCAAACUACCAACAACAAAAAAUAAAAAAAAACAGUCACAACUAGCAAAUGAAGAAAUAAUUCAUCACUAUGGGAACUUCAUGUUAGCAGUCUGAGCCGUUACUGUUAGUUAUAGUGACUAUAUUCCAUUCUUGUUUACAUUUUUUAUACAUGAAAACAUUCCUCAUUUGCAGUUUAACUAUCUCACACACACAAUUUGUUUUUGUAUAUACAUAUAUUUCAGAAAUCAGCAGAAAAUGGAAUACUAGUCAAAUAAUCUGAUGUGACACAAAAUGUCUGAAGUCCUAAUUCUGACUAUCACCACAGCUAUAACUAUAGCUACACUCUGUGCAGUGUACAACAGUGUGUAUCUUUGUUUUUUUUUGUGUAUCUUUUGCUUUGUGUUUGUAGGUGGUCCUUAUUAAAUGUUUUUAGAUAUAUAAAAAAAACACGUCGCCUACAUUUAAUACCUAUACAACUAAGACCCCAUUUAAACUUGAUUAUAUCUGUAUCCGACCAACACCCAUUAAAAUGCAAGUGUGAUGAACACAUCAAUGAUGAUUAUAAAACAUAUAUUAUAAAAUAUAUGACAUGUGACUCAUUUGUACAUACAUUACUCACUUCAACAUCUCCCCAAGACACAUUAAAUAACUAAAACAUCAUCAGUAAUGAAGUAAAAACCUAACAUAAUGCAACAAAUGAAUUUGCAUAUUCCACAUCAAUCAGAAAUCAGAUUUCAAUCCAGAUACCGGUAACUAAAUAUGUGUUUGUCUAUCAAGUGUAAAAGCAUGUAUCUCAUAUCUCAUCAGGUUACAAAUCAAAUACUAAUCAAAUAAAGAGAUCAGGUAUAAACAGCAUUAAAAUAUAUAAAAAAAGUACAAUUCAGUAAGCACUCAGCCUAUAAUGUCUUUCAAGUCUAUAAGACUUGACUUGACUCAUCUUCAAACUAAAAUCUAAAUACUCACUGCAGAACUAGUCUUCGACACAUAGCUAAAUCAUUGCUGUAACACAAAACCUGGUAUCUCCUUGCAACACAAUGUGAGGUGAACUGCCAGAUUACUGUUAUUUCAAAAUGAAAAAUAGACAUUAUCCAUUUUUCCAUUUUCAUUUAAAUCUAAAAAAAUAAAAAAUAAAACAAAUAAGAAAAAUUCUACACUAUUUUUAGAUAAAUAUCUAUAUGUAAUUAAAUUUGUGAACUGUGUAAAAUAAUAUUAUCUAAUUCAUUCUGGUCAGGCAUAAUAAAAGCAUAUCAAUCCACCUUAUUUUUUUCAUUAAGGAAUGCAUUGAGGGUAACCCUUGUUUUUUCAAUGCAGCCGAGCAUUUACAACUUAAAAGGACUGAAAAAAUAAAUACAAUUUUAAAUUAAAAUCAAGUAUUUAAUCAGGUUGAGCUAAAAUAAUAUAGAGAACAAAUACGUAUAUCUUUUUGAAAUCUAAGCUCAAAUAUCAAAGAUUUGAUAUUUCACUCUUACAGCGGUUAAGCUAAUAAUUAUAAUAUAAUUUGUAAUAAAAACAACAACAACAAAAAACAACCCUACAUACGUAAUUUAUCAUGUCAUUAACGAUAUUCUUCAAAUGUGCAAAUGAACAAUAAUUGGAGUCAAGUCAUGAAUAUUUAUACCAAUCACUGCAUUCUGAUCCUGUGAUGAAAGGGCCGUGGCGUGCUGUCUGGAAUCUCUAGAAUAUGAGAUUAAUACGCAGUAGCUGUUUAGAUUGUGUUGUGAUUGAACUGUAAAACCCAGACUGCAUGGAUUCUGAUGACAUUCAGAGAUUGAAGAUUCAAACCCAAGUGAUAAACCAGCUCCUCCCGGGAGCAUCUCCACUGCCCCCAAUCUGUCAUACAAUUUCCAGUUCAUCUUUAAACUGGUUUCCAGUCAUCUCUUUCUCCUCCUCCUCCUCCUCCUCCUCCUCCUCCUCCCCUGCAUCACUGGAAAAGGGGGGGGGGAGGAUUCCCGCUUCGACCGACUGACCCACUUAUCCAAUUCAGUCAGAUCAGCUUUAAUCUCAUCUUCACCACUGAUAAUCGAGCACGUCUGCAGCUCUGCCUUCCUAAUUGCCAACUCUUGCCUGUUCUGCUCUUUGGAUCUACAGUAUGUAAAUGCUUGUAUAGCUGCAAAAAAAAAUAAAAAAAUACAUGAGAGAGAGAGGAAAAAAAAUAUGCUGGGAAAAAAGUACUGUUACUGCACACUUCUUGAUUUCAAAUGUGAUUGACGUGAGAGUCAGGCCCUUGUCUUAAUGUGUCAACAGCACAGAAGUCUUGUCCUCUUUCUUCUUCUUCUUUUUUUUUUCUUGCUAUUUAGGCCUUUAUUGUUUUCAGUUUGAACACACACUCAUGCCUGCGUGAGUCCUGACCCUGUCUAAUGUGCCAUACUUUGAACAUUUUGUUUUGCACUCUGUUGCAUCUUUUAAGCAGGAAUUACUCGACUCUUCUCCCACUGCUGGCAGUUUGUGUCAGCAUCAGCACCCGGUAAUUAGCGGUAGCUAGCAGCUGGCUCGAGACUCAGCCUUGCCCCCUGCAUGGACUUUCAUUCUGCAUGUGAGAGAGACAGACGUGCAUGUGCCUCCAUAAGCUAUUACACCACCACCUGCAGAGAGAUCAGGCCAAGAUGAUGAGGUGGGACUUUUCUCAGAUUAACACGUGAAGAUAAAUUACACAAACAAAAGUUUUCUAUUUCUAUUGGUUUCUUCUCUACACUACAAAUACCAAAUGCUGUGUAGAAACAAUGUAGUAAACUAAAUGGAAAAAAUGAGGUGCUAAAGGUACAUGCUCUUUAGACAGUGAGGAGAUACACACACACACACACAAACACACACACACACACUAUUAUUAGGUCAUGAUAUUUAGUUGUAGUUUUGUGAGCAUAAAGCCUUGCUUUGUCUAGAAAGGCUUGGUGACACAGAUAUACAGCUCUGGAAAAAAUAAGAAACUACUUUUAAAAAAAUGAGUUUUUUUUAUUUUACCAAAUUGAAAACCUCUGUAAUAUAAUCAAGAGGAAGAUGGAUGAUCACAAGCCAUCAAACCAAGCUGACCUGCUUGAAAUUUUGCACCAGGAGUGGUAUAAAGUCAUCCAAAAGCACAUGUAAGAUUAGUGGAGGAGAACAUGCCAAGAUGCAUGUCUGAAAGCUCUGCAUCUUUUUUGUUAUUUCAGCCAUUUCUCAUUUUCUGCAAAUAAAUGCUCUAAAUGACAGUAUUUUUAUGUGGAAUUUGGGAGAAUUUUGGAAGUUGUUCAUAGUUUAUAGAAUAAAACAACAAUGUUUAUUUUACUCAAACAUAUACCUAUAAAUAGCAAAAUCAGAGAAACUCAUUCAGAAACUAAAGUGGACUGUAUGUUCUAUGACAGUUAUUGCACUGCCCUCUGGAGGACAGAAUGGGCAUUGUCCAUCUUCUUCAUGUCCCUCUGCUGGUGAAUGCUAGUAUUUAGAAUUUAAAUUAAGAGUUCUUCUAAACUUUUAGAGCUUGGGUUUUCUUAUAAUUAAUAUAAAACAGCUAUUAUUUAAUAGAAUGCACAAGUUAAUCCCUGCUAAAGAAAACUUAACUGUGUUUGAUGCUUAAACGCAACAAAAAAGGCUCAAACUUAAUCAUUUUCCUAAAUUUUGUUUAACAACCUGUCAUUAAACGUACAUGCUUACCAAUCUAUUUUACAAAAAAUUGGAGAAGCACAAAAAAAAAGAAAAAUAGACAGACUUGACAGACUUAGUUUCACGUCGUUUCUAGGCCAUCUUGAAGCUAUAUUCUUUAUUCGUUGUUGAAUUUGAUCUGCUUACAAUUACAUAAUGUUACAUAAUGCUGUCAGGGUCUUCUGUUCAUUCUGCAUCCUCACAUAUCAGAGAUGAGGUUUGCUGGCGAUCAGGAAUUAUUGAUCAUUUAGCUGCUGGAGUUUAAUGAGAAAGGCAUUUAAUUUCAGCACAUAUCGAAGUUUUUCUUCUUGGCAUCUGUUUCUACAUAAUUCCGUCCAUCCCUCUCUCCUCUCCUCCUUUAAGGACCCUCGACUGUGCUGCACAACAGCUUAGACUUUCUGCUCUCCAUGUUAACCCUCCUCCCCGAGCUAAAGCACCGCAGUAUUUAAGGCCUAGUCAGAUCCUCUUGUUUGGUACUUGCACGAUUACUGAUUACUGAGGCACCCGGUGCACCCCUGCCCUUUCUAGACUGUAUGUGGACUGUACAUUCUGGAAAACUUUUUAUUUGAUUUUAUUUUUAACACAGUUUUGGAACGUAUGCUAUAAAGGGUGUGUAUUGUAUGUAUGCUAAACUGUAUGUAUGCUAAAGUAAGUAACAUAGGCUUUCUCCUUCUCUAGACACAAUGUUCAUAAAUCCAAACUUGCCGUCUGUCUGUACUAGUGGGUUGUGAAAAAAAAAAAGAAAAGAAAAAAAGUGACAUACUGUUUUUGCUCUUCUCUUGACACUUUUGUCUAGUGAUGCUGUUUGUUCAUGAGUGUUUGAAUGGUUGAAUCCUCCCUGUGAUGUAGGUUAACUGUACACCAUGCCACUGUUUGGAUGUGAAGAAUAUUCAAGUCCAAAAUAAAAUGAAUUAACUUUU